CCGGGAGGAUCACACGCGGAGACGCGGGCCGGGGUGGGCACGCCUCCCUCCCACAGCCCCGGGUCGCUCCGCCGGGCGCGCUCCCGCUGGAGGGCUCCGAGUUGAGAGCACGGCGUGCGCAGGGACCCCGGAGCCUGCCUGGCCCGGCGGGUCUCCGCCCCGCCUCGGACGCCUUGCUGCCCGGCGGCCCCCGUGCGCACGCGCAAGCCCCGAAGGCGUGCGGAGUCGAGCGCCGAGCGGUCUCGCUCCUGCGCGUCGUCCCAACCGUCGGCCCCGGGGGCCGGCAGAUCCGCGAAAACGGCAUCCACUCCAGCCUCGUUUUCUACAAGAAUGCUGGAAUUUUUGAAGCGCCCUGUGGUGGUGACAGCUGAUAUCAACUUGAAUGUCGUGGCUCUGACUGCGGUCGGGUUACUGAGCCGCCUGUGGCGACUCACCUAUCCCAGGGCUGUCGUUUUUGAUGAAGUGUAUUAUGGGCAGUACAUCUCUUUUUACAUGAAGCGAAUCUUCUUUUUGGAUGGCAGUGGACCACCAUUUGGCCACAUGCUGCUGGCCUUCGGAGGUUAUUUGGGAGGAUUUGAUGGUAACUUUUUGUGGAACAGAAUUGGGGCAGAAUACAGCAGCAACGUGCCCGUGUGGUCCUUGCGCCUGCUGCCCGCCCUCGCAGGGGCCCUAUCGGUGCCCAUGGCCUACCAGGUCCUGUUGGAGCUCCACUUUCCCCACUGUGCCGCCACGGGAGCUGCUCUGCUGCUGCUCAUUGAGAACGCUCUGCUCACCCAGUCAAGGCUGAUGCUUUUGGAGUCGGUGCUCAUAUUCUUUAAUCUCCUGGCCGUGCUGUCCUACCUGAAGUUCCUCAACUCCCAGGACAGGCCCUUCUCCCCGAGCUGGUGGUUCUGGCUGACACUGACGGGAGCGGCCUGUUCCUGUGCGGUGGGCACCAGAUACACGGGCAUUUUCACAUACUUGCUUGUGCUUGCGGUCGCCGUUGUCCACGCCUGGCACCUGAUCGGAGACCAGACUUUGUCAAAUGUCCGUGUGCUCUGCCAUCUGCUCGCCCGAGCAGUGGCUCUGUUGGUUGUCCCGGUCGUCAUGUACUUGCUGUUCUUCUAUGUCCACUUGAUUCUGCUCCACCGCUCUGGGCCCCAUGACCAGAUCAUGUCCAGUGCUUUCCAAGCCAGCUUAGAGGGAGGGCUCGCUCGGAUCACGCAAGGCCAGCCCCUGGAGGUGGCCUUCGGUUCCCAGGUCACUCUGAAGAGCGUCUUUGGCAAACCCAUGCCCUGCUGGCUUCACUCCCAUCAGAGCACCUACCCUGUGAUAUACGAGAGUGGCCGAGGCAGCUCCCACCAGCAGCAGGUGACCUGUUACCCCUUCAAAGAUGUCAACAACUGGUGGAUCAUAAAGGAUCCUGGGAGGCACCAGCUGGUGGUGAGCAGCCCCCCAAGGCCUGUGCGACACGGAGACAUGGUGCAGCUGGUGCAUGGCAUGACUACCCGCUUCCUUAACACGCAUGACGUUGCAGCCCCCCUGAGCCCCCACUCGCAGGAGGUUUCCUGCUACAUUGACUACAACAUCUCCAUGCCCUCCCAGAACCUCUGGAGACUGGACAUUGUAAACAGAGAGUCAGACACGGAGGUCUGGAAGACCAUCUUGUCGGAGGUCCGCUUCGUGCACGUGAACACCUCUGCCAUCCUCAAGGUGAGCGGGUCACACCUCCCCGACUGGGGGUUCCGGCAGCUGGAGGUCGUUGGCGAGAAGCCGUCCCGGGGCUCCCACGAGAGCAUGGCGUGGAACGUGGAGGAGCACCGCUAUGGAAGAAGCCAAGAACAGAAGGAGAGGGAGCUGGAGCUGCACUCACCCACUCAGAUCGACAUCAGCAGAAACCUGAGCUUCAUGGCCAGAUUCUGGGAGCUGCAGUGGAGGGUGCUAUCAUUGAGAAGUGAUGAGUCAGAGCACAAGUACAGCUCCACGCCGCUGGACUGGGUCACCCUGGACACCAACAUCGCUUACUGGCUGCACCCCAAGACCAGUGCUCAGAUCCACCUGCUCGGGAACAUCGUGAUCUGGGCCUCGGCCGGCCUCGCCACAGUGGCGUACCUCCUUCUGUUCUCCUGGUACCUGCUCAGACGUCGUCGGAGCGCCUGCGGCCUCCCUGAGGAUUGCUGGCUGCGCUGGGUGCUGGCGGGAGUCCUGUGUGCCGGGGGCUGGGCAGUGAACUACCUCCCCUUCUUCAUGAUGGAGAAGACACUCUUUCUCUACCACUACCUGCCCGCACUCACCUUCCAAAUCCUCCUGCUGCCUGUGGUCUUGCAGCACGUCAGUGACCACCUGUGCAGGUCGCGGCUGCAGAGGAGCCUCUUCAGCGCCCUGGUGGUGGCGUGGUUCGCCUGUGCCUGUCACGUGUUCAUCAUGCUGCGCCCGCUAACCUAUGGGGACACAGCGCUCUCACCCGGUGCACUCAGGGCCCUUCGCUGGAAAGAUAGCUGGGACAUCUUGAUCCGAAAACACUAGCAGGACGUGGACAUGGUGGAACACGUCUGGGGCCAGGGUCAGGGUGAGGUAGCCUGUCUCUGAUAAAUACGUUUUGCGAGCAGAGUCAGAGUGGCUCUCAGCGUGCUAGACCGGCAGGCUCAGCAAGGAUCCUAAUGUUUUCAUUCUUGUUAAGUCCUUUGAUGGGCAGUUCAUUUUUUUGAGGCAGUAAAGAACAUGCCCUCUGAUUCCUGAGCCCCCUGGACUGUUGAGUGGCUAGUGUAGGACUUAGAUGGAGAACAGGCAGGGAAUGGCAGCGAUGGGGAGAGGGUCACGGCAGACAAGGCCCGUCUUGCUGACAGAUGUGCGUGGUGGUUUGGUCCUGCCUCCCAGCACCCACUGAGCUAGAAACAUCACAGCCCUUGUCCCAAGUGAGGCCUUGAGGAAUCGCCUAGAACAGCCCAGUGUCAGGUAAGCUGCUGGGACGGCAAGCCUUUGAUGAGGCAGAUGUAGCAGUCUGUGGCCACUGUAGUUGUCACUCCUCGCUGUUGCUGACCCCUAAGACCUCUGUCCCGAGAUUUUGCUAAAUAUGUGCAGUGAGCAUCUUCAGUCAAGCUUUGUGUCAUCCAUACAUUCCUUGUCCUAAAUUUGCCUUAUUUUAUGUAAUUAAAAAAGGGACAAAUUG